CUUGCUUUGCAGCAGCCUGUGGAACUAGUCCUGUUCUCACACAGGAGGAGGAGGAGGCAGAGGGAGGAAGCUCCCGUAACCCUCUAGGGAGACAUACGCAUACACGUACCCCAGCAGCCCCUGUGCUCUACUCACCCCCACGGCAGUCGUGGGGGGCGGGGGGGCACCAUGAGUGGAUCCUUUGACAAGAAGAUCACCAGCAUCUUGACCGAUAUCUCCAGCUCCCUCAGCUGCCAUGCGGCCUCUAAGGACUCCCCCACCUUGCCUGAGUCCUCCGUCACCGAUCUGGGCUACUACAGCACCGCGCACAGCCAGCACGACUAUUACCCCAGCCAGCCGUACAGCCAGCCGAUGAACCACUACUCCUAUCACCACCAGUUCAACCUCAAUGGACUUGGAGGGGCCGGGACUUACUCCCCCAAAUCCGAGUACUCCUACAGCACCUCGUACAGGCAGUAUGGGCACUUCAGGGAGCAGCAGCUGCCAGCCCAGGAAACAGUCUCCGUGAAGGAAGAACCAGAGCCGGAGGUGAGGAUGGUCAACGGGAAACCCAAAAAGAUCCGAAAGCCCAGAACCAUCUACUCCAGCUACCAGCUGGCCGCGCUGCAGAGGCGGUUCCAGAAAGCCCAGUAUCUGGCCCUGCCAGAGAGGGCAGAGCUGGCUGCUCAGCUGGGGCUGACUCAAACCCAGGUGAAAAUCUGGUUCCAGAACCGGAGGUCCAAGUUCAAGAAGCUGUACAAGAAUGGGGAGGUCCCCUUGGAACACAGUCCCAACAACAGUGACUCCAUGGCAUGCAAUUCGCCGCCUUCUCCUGCCAUCUGGGACAAUAACUCUCACAGUGGCUCUUCCAGCAGAAGCCAGCUCCCCCAGCCGCUUCCCUACAGCUCUUCCCCAAGCUACCUGGAGGAGCACAACCCCUGGUACCACCCACAGAACCUCAGUGGACCUCACUUACAACAUCAGCUUCCACCCACCAGCACUAUGCAUCAUACUUCUCCGGGGCCGCCUCCCAAUCCAGGGGCAGUGUACUAACCUCCUGCCUCCUCCGACUAGUGGAGCAAGAAAGGAAACAAGGACAGUGACAGUCAGAAAACUUGAGGGGGUUUCUUAACAUGUUCAUUUCCAGGACAACAGCAACACACAAACACCCCCCCUCUCCGCCCCCCAUCUCAGGACCAACAGAACUGCAAAGGGUUAAAAUGACAGGCCAAUGCAAAGUGAGAGAGGAGGGGAGGUAGGGGAUUGGGGAAGGGGAUAAAGAUUAGGAAUGGAGGAGUCCUUUUUAGCCACACCCCAUGUCUACAUGAGUCCCCCCCACACAACACCUUCCCACCCACUGCCACCCCACUCCUUGCAGAGGACACUGAAUGGGAAGAUUCUUCUUGCCUCCUGCUCUUUCUGCCAGAGAUUUGCCUUUCAUCUGGAAGGAGGCCAAGACACACUCUGCACAACGCCUCGCUUCCAAGAACAGCACAACUGUUUUUUUUACCUUCCCAAGUGAGCUGUUUGUGGGGUGUCUCCUUGAGGACUCUGGAGGAACAUCUCAAGCUGGCAGGACUUCGCAACCACUCGUCUUCUUCCACAGUGGGGUAGGAGUUUUCUACUCACCCAUGUGAUAAAGAAAGAAAGAAAGAUAUAAAUAUAUAGAAAAAUAUAUAUGCCUUCCCAUCAAUCCACCCACGCAAGGGUCAAACUGGAGAUGAAAGCACAGUUUAAGCUAAGAGGGAAAACAAUUUGUAAUAAGAGGUGCCACACUUUGUAGUCUUUAAAAAAAAUCCCUAUAUAUGCUAAAGAGCUAAAGUCAAUUCUUAGAUAUGUCUAAUGUAUAGAACUGGAUAGUAUAUAAAUGUUAAAUAACCUUAUUGAAGGGAGCACGGUUAAAAAGGAUGAAAUUUCUCGUACUGGGGAGAGAUCAGAUUCAGAGCUUGUUUUUACGAACUUAAAUCAAGUGUUAAUUCAGGAUCACACCAGAUUACUCCUGGUCUAUAGUGAGGAAUUACAGUUCCCCAUGUCUGAUCAUUAGCUGGUAGAAGCUGCAGGACCAAAAUCCCGGUACUGAAAGAGGGCCAGAUUCUGACCUUGGUUAUACCAGAGUUAGAAAACAGAAGUUUGACUUUCUUGGUUGGAUUUGCAAGCACGGUAAAUUCCCACUGAAUUCCAAGGAAGCAGUUCUGAUUUCUGUUCAUUGAGACUCUGACCCUUUGUUAGGACUCUGGGGAAAAUAGAGUGGUUAUUUAAAAUGCAAAAAAUAUAUAUAUUUUAAUAUUUAAAAGUGUGUUUCAGGAAUGAUUUAAGUUAUUUUAAACCAAAAGUAAGACUGCUACAGUUGUCGGUUUUCUAACAGUGCCCUCCACACAGGUCGUUUAAGCUAAUGGCAAAGAAAAUGCCUAUUUUUAAAUGAACCAAUAACCCAACACCCCUCCAAAAACUGAAAAAAAAAUCUCUUGAACAUUUUUUAAAAUAAGAAUACUAUUUUUUUUUAAAAAGCUGCAGUUUUAAGAAGUGUUCUUAUGUGUUGUAUAGUCCCAGAGUUCUUAUUUAUGUCGUCUCAUAUAAAUAAGGGCAGAUAGGGGAACAAAAAUGUACAUAAGGUUCAUUUGUAUAAAGUUGAACAAAAUAAGGUGGGGUUUUUGGGGUUUUUUUUUAACCUGGCUGUAAAAUAAAAAAUAAAGAAGAGCCCUCAGGGCUUUGCUCUAAAUUUCUUUCUGCUUUGUUAG